AUGUGUCUUUCUACUCAGCUGUGUGUCUUCAUGCUAACUGGCUCAGUGCUUCUCAGUAUCUUCAGCAGUUUGGAAGCCAAUCUCAUUGUUGAUAAAGAUCAAGUCCAGGAAGCAAAGAACUUGACUUGGCUAAUAGCCCAGGAACAGGUCACAUCUGGGGAAAAGAGCCUCUUGAAAAAUUUUAAGGAAUGGCAGAACAGCUCAGACCUCUUUCAUAAUGUCUCCUACCAACUCCUGGCUGGAACCCUGUCCCCAAAAAAGAAGUUGUUGACUAUAGGACUGUCCUCCAAGAAGGGGCCAUACCUCCUGACCACUCUGCAGUCUGUGUUCAAUGCUUCCUCUGAGGCUGACCUGAGAUACUUCACAGUGGUGGUCCAGCUCUCUGAUCCUGACCCUGACUCACUCAGACAGACGAGCAUCCACAUGAGCAGAAUCUUUGCCCCCCAGAUCCUUGCAGGGCAGCUGCUGGUGAUCCACACUCUGCCUGCUGCUUAUCCUUCCUUGGAGAACCUGAGGACCCACAUUAGUGAGUCUCCGCUCAACCCCCUUGCAUUUCAGCAGAUUGCAGACUAUGCCUUCCUCAUGAACUGCUCCAAUUACUUUCUGAUGGUUGAGGACAAUACCCGCUGCUCUCCCAACUUUAUGAGCGCCAUCUGAGGGGUGCUGGCGAUCUGGCAGGGCAGACCCUGGAGGAUAAUGGAAUUCUCUGAGCUGGCCCUCACAGGUAAGCUCUGCCGCUCCAGCGACCUUCCCCUUCUGGCCUCUUUCUUCCUCUACUAUCAGAGAGAGCCCCCCGAGAAGCUCUUCUCUACCUUCUACAAGAUGCUGGCACAGAAAAAACCCAUCCAACCGAACCCUUCCCUCUUCCAGCCCAUUGACUUCUCCAUCUACGAAGGCGACACCCCCGUUCCUGAAGUCGGUGCCUUAAAACCAGAGGACAAAUCCCAAGAAGAGGACUUUGGGAAACCCAACAACCCACCAGCAUUCGUCUACACUGACAUGCAGAUUUUUAAAGACUAUCUUCCUGAGAAAGCCUACAGCCUAAAAGAGGAUUUCUUCUGGGCUUUGGAGCCCAUGGCAGGCAAUCACUUGACCGUGAUUUUGGAGGAGCCAGCCAAGAUAAGAUGGGUGCAAGUUUUGACAGGCACAGAAGAUGAGCUAGUGUUCCUGCUUGGGGGAAAGGUAGAGCUGGGCUAUGAGCUGAGUGAAAAUGACAAAGACUGUCUCUACUACACCCCACUUGGACAGAAUGGGAAAUUGGAUCAUAAAAUGCUGCACAAAGAGAUGGAGAACAGAGCGAGCUGCCUGAGGCUAGUGGUGACAAGCACCCAGGACGACUGGAUCGUGAUCAAACAUAUAAAGAUCUGGACAGCCUGA